UUCUCCGAACCAGUUUCCGAACAGUUUCUUUUGUGCGUCUCCUCUUCUUGGCGGCACGUCCAACCCGCGCGCAUCACACACAGCCGAUGGGACUGAUUUAACUUGCUCAUAAAUCGCAUCGAAUUAGCUGCGAUAACAAUUGAUAUCGACUGACUUGAUCUGGUCCCGAAUUCUGAGUCGUGUCAGAGAUUUUCUCCAGUCUUCCGUGAUCGGAUCUGUACUGGUACCGAAGGUGGCACGAGUAAAAUUCUCAGGAAACCCGGGAUCAGUGACACAGAGAGUCUGCUCGAAGUUAGUGAAUAGAAUGAAAAGUGUCUACUGUUUUUUCCACACGGGACUGAACUUCGUCGUCCACUGACAACGUUCGAUGGAUUAAGCGGAACGCGCCGGUGAGCAGCAGGAGAGGUACCGAGGACCCAGCCGAAAGGGAAUCGCGAAGACGACGUUUGCAACGGUAGAAAGCCCGAGUAACGAUGUAAAGGACAAUGUAACACCGUUCAGAUAACUGCAACGCAAAGGCAAACGCUAGAAGGGAAAGGAUAAUAAUCGUCGAAGAAAAGGCGGCCCGAUCGAUUGGUUCCGUUGAAAGAAGUUGCCCGAUCGAUCGUUUCCGUUCGAAGCUUUAUCGGACGGUGGUUAUCGUAACCGGAGGACAGUGUCGCGAAGGCGGUAAACAAGGACGAGGCGGCAACCGGAUUCGUGGGACGCGACACCGGUCACCCUUGUAUCAUAAGUAUAUUUUAGAUUAGAUCGAAUUAAAUACUUAGCACUCGCGGUCGUCGGAAUCGCGACGCUAGAGCUCGUGCAUCGUGCGAGAAGAGAGGAUCCAGGCCGGCAGAGGAGUUCGAGUCGUACGUAUCCGCGCGGUACGGGUGUAAAAUCGUGGCGAACGGAGCGGGGAACAGCGGCGAGAUGUACAGAGAUCCGAACAGUUCCCCGGGAACCAGUAUCAACACGAAGGGCGACGAGGUCGAGAUCGUUAGCAGAUUUUUAGCGCCUCUGUGCGCGAGGGAUGAGGCUGCCAGGAACAUCGCCCUGGCGGCCGCCAGGAACACAGUCGAAGGCUGGCUCGGAGGGGUCGGCAGUCCGAAUCACUGGGACGACGCCGGUGAAAUGGAAGAACCGGAGAGCCUGGAGGGAAAGUUCAAGAGCCAGGACGGAAGAUACGACAUGAGCAUCGAGCGUUCGUCGAGCAAGUCGGCGCCGAAGAACGUGCAGCCGCUGCAGCCGCCGUUGAUCCAGGACACGUUCAGGACCGAGGGUUUCUUCCCGCAAAGCGUCACGGAGAAUCCUGCCUUCCUGGAGGACAACAGCCUCGAGUGUUCCGAGAGAUAUCCAUCGGGUUCGUUCGAUUGCGUCGACGGCCGCCUCGGGAACGAGUACGGGACGCCGAACGAGAGGCGAAGAUACGUCGGCGACGUGGAUAGCUACAGGUCUGGCCACUCGACGUCGUCCGACGAAGGCAAAGGGUUCAAGAUCGACCAGGACAGGUGUCUCAGGCUGAAGGACAACUCCGAGGCCCGGUUCGGCUCGAGCAGCGAGAGCGAGAGAAAAUACCUCGGCUCUUCGUCGAACGAGAGAUUGAACGAGGCGAGCCUCGAGGACAGGCCCAGGACGAAGAACUACGUGAAGGUGAAAGGCGCCAAGCAGAAGCAGCUGGAGGAUGACGAGCUGGACUCUGACACCAGGAUCUAUGGUAAGAGCCCCAAGUUCGACGAGAAUCUCGGCGCGAAUUUCGAUCGCAGGAACCUGAACUACCGCCCGAAGGAUGACCCGAUGCAACGCGAUCGCCUAUGCUACGACAGCGUCGACGACGUCUCCUUCGACGAAACGGAGAUGACGAUCAGGAACCGCGACGGAGUGGUGUUCAAUACCCUCGACGGUUUCGAGAACGAGAACGCCAACGAAAUUUUCCAUCGGCCGGACGACAUACGUAUACAGGAGGAUCUGAAGCUGAAGAACUUCGAGAUAUACACCGACGAUUCGUUGGACGACGGUCGGCAGCGUUGCAACCGCGCCGAGCAGCAGGAUUACUUGCGCAAGAACGAGGAGCGGAAAUUCAGCGCCGGCCAAAUCAAGAGACCGCUCUCGCAGGACGAAGACGUCUCCUCGAAGAGCGGCAGAGUGUUGGAGAGUCCUGACGUGACUCCUGGGGACGUCGGGAGGCUGCUUAAUCUGGGCAACGCUCUGGACGGACCGAGACAAGCGCAGGCGAACAAGUACUUGAGCCUGGUCACGUUGCAUCUGCCGGUGAUAUUGAGGCUCAGCGUGAAUUGCCCCUUCCAGAAUGUCAGGAUCAAGUGCGCCGAGAUCCUCGAGAUGGUUAAGGACAGGGGACUUCCAGUGCCAAUGCCAGCCUUCGAUGGACCCAGUGCCUUCGUCCCUACAUCCGAGUUACCGGAUCUGAACAAUCUCGAUGAAAAGACUCACAUUCUGUUGAUGGAUGCGUUCCUCCAGAACAACAGGCUGGAUCAUGUCUCCAGGGUGAUGGCCUCGCACCCGACAUACCUGGAACAUUUCCUCCGUACCCAACAUUUCAUCCUCAGAGGCGACGGACCGCUUCCUUACGACUACAGGCAUCUGAUCGCCAUUAUGGCCGCUGGCAGGCAUCAGUGCAGCUAUUUAAUAAACCUACAGAAGGGAGAGUUCCUUCUUCAAGGCGGUGAUCCGUCUUGGCUUCAAGGUUUGAAGUCGAUCCCGGGAAAACUACAAGAUCUCUAUGAGAUCAACAAGAUUUUAGCUCAUCGACCGUGGUUGCUGAACAAAACGCACAUAGAGAAACUGACCAAAGGCGCGGAUAGUUGGUCCCUGGCCGAGGUCGUCCACGCGAUAGUUCUUUUGGCCCACUUCCACUCCCUAUCUUCGUUCGUCUUUUCCUGCGGGAUCAACGAGGAGCUGGACAACGUGACUGGGCACCAUUACAAAGAGAACGUCCAGGACAAUAGCAAUAAAGUACCAACUGCCAAAGACAAGCUUUCCAGUAGUCCCAAGAAGAUUCCCAAUGGCGAUGGCAAGACUGAAAACAUGCCGUCGCCGCCGUCCUCGCCGAGCAUAGUGGGCGAGCAGGAGGUCGGCGUCGAGGCGCUGAUGGAACGUAUGAAAAGGCUCUCAGAGAAGUCCGAGUCGUAUCAGAUCACGCAAGAGGAGCUGUCGAAAAGAUUCGAGACCGUGGAAACGCAGUCCGCCGAGCUGGCCGCGGCGCCCCAGAGGAGCAGUUCAGUGCUCGAUUCCGAUAUUGGCCACUUCAUCGAGGACCCCACCUUCAUCUACCAGGACUUCGCCAAGCGCGGUCAGCUGAACGACAUACCGACGUUCCGCGUGCAAGAUUACUCGUGGGACGAUCACGGCUACUCGCUGGUGAACCGACUCUACAACGACGUCGGCAACCUGCUCGACGACAAGUUCAAGACCGCGUACAAUCUCACCUAUUGGACGAUGGGCACCCACAACAAGGUGGACACGUCGCGAUUCAGACGGGCGAUCUGGAACUACAUACAGUGCAUGUUCGGAAUCAGGCACGAUGACUACGACUACAACGAGGUGAACCAGCUCCUCGAGCGCAGCCUGAAGACGUUCAUCAAGAGCGCCGUCUGCUAUCCCGAGCGCGUCACGAAGAGGGACUACGAUCGCGUGAUGAGAGAGUUCAAGCACAGCGAAAAGGUGCACGUGAAUUUGAUGAUCUUGGAGGCGCGCAUGCAAGCCGAACUGCUGUACGCGCUCCGCGCGGUGAUGCGAUACAUGACCUAAGCGAAUUGACCGUCACCGCUCCUUCGUCUACUUCGCUGUCCGUCAGUUUGUCGCCGAUUUCAUUUUCUAUCGAAGUGUCAACUCACGCGCCGCGGCAGAUAAUUUCGCAGCGAGGCGUCUCCGCGCGAGGACAGAAAAACAAAGAAAGGAACGAGCGGACGUGACAACGAUUCUCUUCGCGCAGUAUAUUACACGAUUAUAACAAGGCAUCUUGAUACCAACACCAUCCAUCCAUCCACCCACGAGCACACACACACAGUGACACAGAUGAAAAAAAAAAGAAAGGAGACAUACACACGGUAGGAAGAAAAACGUAAUCAGAGAAGUUUGACUGUCUUGAUACAUUUAUCUGCAAGUUGUCCGCCGUUUGCUUGUAACGCUGAACUGAGCGACGGAGAUUUCUUUGAUGAGUACCGAGCCGAGAAAUGAAGAGAAGGAGUAUCGAAGCGCGAGAAUAGAAGAGAGGAAAGAAAGAAAAAUUUGGGUUAGUGUUGCAAAAAAACAAAAAGAAAAAAUGGAUAAAUGAUCCUCCAGUCGAGAGUGAAUUGUUGAUCUGGCACCGAGGCCAAUCCUUUUGUAUUUGACACGCGGCAAUCGUUUCCGCUGCGCGAAUCGCUGUGCCGAGGGCGUUUCGCUUUUUCCGAUCGGUUUUGCUUGUGGUAAUUCUGUGGACACCCGUAGUGGGAGAAGAGGAGAAACAGACGAGGAGGCAGGGAGAGAGAAAGAGAUAGAAAAGGAGACAGCGAGAGAGAAAAAGGUUUAUCGGUUGUUUUUGUAUAUAGACACUCGUAUUUUUCUACGUUCGUGAGGAUAUAUUGUGUAGUAGACUUGUUAUUCGCGCGUUUUUUUUCUCGUUAACGUUUCAGAUCUGUUGAAGCUUGCCCCUUCUUUGUAAUACCCAAUCGUAUCGCGUUCAGCCUUUCUGGUAUAGAGUUGGAAAUUUCUAACAGUUUGUCCCCGCUUUUGAGAUUUUAUUACGCGCGACGAUCGUUGGCGACAAAAUGUUUCACUCGUAUUGCACUUUGACCGCGUUUCGUUUAUUUUUUAGUUCCACUCGUUUUUGUAUUUUUUAUUAGCCAUAAGCGCGUUCGAUGAGAUGGAGAGAGAAAGAUAGAUGAGCAAGUUUCUUUCCGGACGCAGGGGAAACCGUCGGUCGUCCGUUUUUCUCGCGAAUCGACAACUGCUCGCGUUAACCAUUGGCGUAAUCGCCAGGACGAUUUUACGACGCCGCAAAUAAUCUUAAGGGUAAAUUAAGAAAUCUUUGAACCCGCGAUAACCAAGUCAUUGAGACGGUUCGAUUUCGUAACAUUUCCUGUACCGUUUUUGUCACGAGCAGAGAUGGCAUAGGGAAUGCAUUGAUGGAAGUAGAAAGAUGAAACGGAAAACAUUGGAAGAGAGAAAGAAAUUGGAUUUGCGAUCCCGCGUUGUACAUAUUAUACACGUUUUAAAACUCCGUUUAUUUCACUGGCUAUCGUAUAACGUGAGAACUGUGUAAUAUAAACAUACAAGCAAGCAAAAAAAGAAGAAAAAAAUGACAAAAAAGUGUACCUUCGUUUUCGUCGUAUCCAUGUGUGUCGAGGAAUGGAGUCUUUAAGAAUAAUAGGUCAUAGGACGAUCUGCACGCGCGCUGUCGCACCGAUUCUGCGAGCGCCCGCGCGCAGAGACGAGCAAUGCCUGUCGGCUGUGUUUAAUUACGGUGGAUCACAUGGCGUUAUUGUCACCAACCCGGAUUAUUAUUAACGAUAAUAAGAAAUAAUGGUACGCGACACGGCGCGUUUCUUUCAUCGAUCGAACAAGAACAGAGAGAGAGAGAGAGAGAGAGAGAGAGAGUGGGAUGACAAAAGUGACGGAAAGUAUCGCGCGCGCUGCAACGAAAGUCGUGUAAGCAAUUGUCUGUUCCGAAAACCAGAGCUUAAACGAUUCUUUUGAUAUUAAUAGUGCAGCGUCCGCGAGUGAAAUUGAAUCCUGAGAAAAUAAGGAAAGGAACGAAGUGGGCAAGGACCAAACGAAGGGGCGAACGGAGAAUCCACACAAACUUAUUCGAUAUUUCAUCAACGAAAUUUCAAUGCCUUUCGCGUAGCGUUCUUUACUUCGGCGAUUACCAGUUCAAGGAAAGAUAGAGACAGCGAGGAAAUGGUUGUUCGCCCCUUCUGACCAAACGGUUGGCAGCAGUACGCGCGCGAGCGAGACGAGCAUGAAGAGGUGCGGGCGGAGAACAGAGAGAGGCUGUUUAAACAAAUCAAAUCCAAUAUUAAGUCGUUAAGGUAGACGGGAGAGAGUGAGAGAAUGUGUGGCACAAAAAUGAAGAGUGGACGGAAGACGAGAAAGGAAAUGUGCAAACUCUAUACGCGCGAAUUACACGCGUCUGUGAUCGCAUAUUAUAUAUAUGUAUAUUAUAUAUAUAAUAGAUGUAUAGCGCAUAUACGCAUUAUCAAGAUGAGAAACAAAAUGAUGGGUUGAUAUAUAUUAUAUAUAUAUAUAUAUACGUUUGUAUGUACGCGUGAGUACGUAUGAAAAUUGAAACAUCUGUAACAGUUUUACGGCGAACGUGGAAGGAAGCGCGUGGUGUAUCAUCGAUAUAUUAACAUAAGUACACGAGCGCAGAGGGAGGGCAGACAAAAAUCGGGAGUGUACGUUGUAGCGUUUGUAACUGACGGUGUCUCUUUAUUAUGUAACUGAGUAUAUGCGCGCUCUGGAAUUAAUCGUAUUUAGCCGUGUACGCGCUUCAUGGAAAAAUCGUCGCCCGCUUCUCUCGCUCGCAAGCAGUUGCAUACAAGCUCGAGCGAUGUAACAUGUUUUUUCUCAAACUCGUAGACCGUCGAUUCGCGACCGAGAGAAGCCGAGCAAGCAUCUGACGAAUCAACAGAUUAAUCAAUUACGAUUGAAGCAGCGAACAAGCACACACAUACACAAACACACACAGAGGAACAUAACACAUGUAUACACAGAUUUUUUGACCAACAGUGACGUUUAACGGCGUCCACACAUAUCACUUCGAAGAGUUUUAUUCAGGGCGAGUCUCGCGAUCGUCGAUCGCUCUCAGCGCGAUCCUAGCCGUGGACAGGGAUCAGAUUUUUGGGCCUUGCCUGCCGCCUUUCUUCUUCAUUUCUUCUUUAAAAUCUUCGAAGAAUUCCUGUACGAAUUAUUUUAUUCCUUUCGACAGUUCUUUGAUUGUUAUAAAAAAUCAUGCUCAGUUUAUUGAAAUUCUAAGUAUGAAGUGGAACUUGGAAAUUGUUCCCUGAGUGCAUAAAUUGUAUCAGGGAUUUUUGAUGAUGAUCGUUCAAAGAACCAAAUAGAUUUGAUUUGAAAAUGCGGGGUGACAUGCGGGGAAUGUCACACAUGCGAGCCACAGUAUUCUAUGUUUCUUCAACUAUCUUUUCUCUCUCUCUCUUUCUCUCUCAUUUUUUUCUAUCUUCUUUUCCAACUCGUCUCGACGUUUUGUAUUUCUCUAUCAUCUUCGAUUGCUCUCCUUUUUUGUACCUAACGAACACACUCGGUACAUUCACACAGAAAUGGGAUUAACCGUUUACAGGGCCGGAUCAAAUCAGAACGCUGACCGUUCUUUCUCUCCUUCUCGGUUCCGCGCGUUCCACACGUUUCAGAAAUAAAUAAAAACGGUUCCGAGUGUCGCGUUUGUAUUUAAGUGGAUGUCCGUGCGUUUGUCCGAAAGAAAAAAAAAACAAAACAGAACGAUAUUUAACGUAGUUUAUAAAGAAGAAAUUAUUUAACGCGUACCUAUAUAUAUUAUAUAUAUAUAUUAUAUAUAUAUAUAUAUUGUAUAAAUAAAUAUAUUUAAUGUUUCGAAUCCGACGCGUCGCACUCGGCGUGUAAACGGUUAAAGAAGACGACUCUACGACCAAAGAGACUUCUUUCGCUAUCGAGGCUCAACCGUCAUUAUAUUCGACACAUUGUCAAACUUUUUAUACGUCAUUUUAUCAUCGUCGCAUCGAAAUCGUUCCUGAUCUAGAUUCAACCGAAGGGUACUUGAACUCUCCGUCGUUCAGUCGAGACAAUUCGAAAAGAGGGAAACUACCCUCUCAUCCCCAUCUCUCUGCAUCUCUCUUUCUCUUCUUCUUUCCUCUUUCUCUCUUCCUCAUAACGGUCGAUUUCUUGACGCUUCACUGGAUCGCAGAGCGAGAGAAUGUCGCGGGGGUACGUCCGGGUUUUGGGCGGGGGGGAGGGUGAACGUGGUAAGAGGGUGGGAAAAGGGAGUUGCGGUGUUCGCGGCGUGAGUCGACGCCCGGACUGAUCUCAUAAAUUAAAUAAGCAUUAUAGUAGUCGGGCUGAAAACGAGUAGCGGGAUAAUAAAUGAACGCGAGGCUUGUUAGAUUCCGAGAGAAAGAGAAAAUUGCUGAUUACCGAGAAACGGAGAAAGGGAGAGAAAGUUGGGCGAUGAUAAUUAUUAUUGUUUUUCUACCUUCGCGCCCGUCCUCCUGACGCGAGGUUCAGUCUUCUUUUAUUUUAAUCUUCGUUCUUUAAUCGAUGUGAACCGUGCGAUUCUACGCUGGCGCAACCAUUAUUAUUUUUAAAUGAUUAAUGAAUAUAAUAUAAUUUAAUUUAAUUUAUUUUUAAGUCUCCUGAUGUGCUUUAAGUAUUUCACUAACCGGGAACGAAAUUCGUCGUUUUUGUAGUCAUGGUUGCUUCAGCGUGAUGCGUCAGGACAACGAGACUUGGACGCCUCGAUAUUUAAAGCAAGGGUGGAUAUAUUGAGUUGGACGAGAGACGAAAAAAGACCCGGAGUGUAAUCGAGAGAAAGAACGAGGCAUUUGUCCCGCGCAUAAGACACGCGAUGUCUCCUUGCCUCCUGGCUGGAGCCUCAUCGUAUUCAUUGUCUCAUUUUUCAAUUUCAACAGCGACGGGCUCACGUAUGCAGACCCGUUACACAUUUAUACAUAUACAGACAAACCGUGAACGUUUAACUUGUAAGAAACGACGUGUUCGGGUCGCGGGCUCGAGCCACCUCCGAAAAAUCGUAAGAAGAAACAAACAAACAAACAUAUUAUUACAGCAGAAAAAGUAAAGAACUUCAUAAAGAAGUAAUGGAAGAAGUGGAAAAAAAAGAAAUUAAGAAAAAAAAAAAAACAUUUACAUGCCACCGCGUCGAGUAUGAUCGUGUGAUAAUUACAAGUGAUUUGACUAGACCCUUCCGAAUGGAUUAAGUCGAUUAUAUUAUUAAUUAUUGUAUGUCAGGAGAAGUAGGCACGCGUACGCAUCAGCUCAAAUCCGCUCAAGGACCACUCGCGAUCCACUUUUCCCUUAUUUUUUUUUUAUACGUUUAUAUCUGUACUCGUGCUUUCGAUUCUUCGCUUAUGCUUUUGUUAUCUUUACUUACGGCUUCAGAUUUUUAUCCCAUCCUCUGGAAUCGUGGAAUUCCUUUCGUCGUGACUCCGCCUGAAACACCUCGGUCAUGUUGAUUCGAUUAAGCGACGCGGUUAAUGCCUAGUCUUAUCAUGGGCCGCGGCGUGAGUCAUCAUCCUCUUCGAGGACUAAUUAAAGGAUUCCUCUUUUCCUUGAACGCAAAGCGUGCUGUGAUCAUUUUCAUUGUGACUUUUUGAAAACGAAGCUUCGAGGAACGGUGAGCGCGAGUGAUUCGUCUUCGGCGUGUACUCGCCGCGAGCGGAUUCGAGCUGACGCUGGUCGCGGAUGCGUUUACGCGAAGGGUCGUAUGUGAUGUGAUUUCUUUUAUAUCAUAACGAAUGAACACUAAGAAAUGUUAUAGUUUCAUAUAAGCGAUAUGUUAUUUGUCAUUUAUUUUAUCCCUUAAUAAAUGAUGUUAUAUAAAAAAUGUCUUGGCAAAGCA